AUGAGUGAUACUUCAAUUCGUGCCCCUUCCGCCAUGGAAUCCUUUGAAUUGUCAAGCCGACUAAAUAAUUCUGCCGAAACGAGCGAAAUGAAUCUGCCGCCAGUGGAUCGCGGCAAGAGAGCGUGGCUUUUCUUAGCGGCUUGUUUCAUGAUUGAGGCGCUCAUCUGGGGGUUCACAUUCUCGUUCGGGAUCUUCCAGGAUUACUACAGUGCUCAUGAACCGUUCAAAAGCUCCGGGGACAUUGCAGUGGUGGGCACUUGUGCCAUGGGAAUCUCGUACAUGUUACUUCCAGUCGCGUUUAUUCUUCUACAGGCGCUUCCGCAGAUCAAGUUAUGGGCGGCACCCAUCGGGUUCGUGAUCAUGUGCCUGGCGCUCUCGCUGAGUUCGUUUGCAACCAGCACGUCGCAGUUGAUUGUCUCGCAGGGAGUCGCCUAUGGAAUCGGUGCCAGCUUGGCUUAUGCACCCACGAUUGUCUUUAUGGAUGAUUGGUUCGUUCAGAGAAGGGGCUUGGCUUUUGGAAUUAUGUGGGCCGGCACGGGGAUUUCCGGGGUAAUUCUGCCUGUCGUGCUUCAAUGGAUGCUGAAUAGCUUUGGACCCAAGACAACGCUCCGCGCUUGGUCGGUUAUCUUGAUGCUCCUGGGAGGCCCACUGCUUUACUUUGUUCGACCGCGUCUGCCCAUCUCGCGAACAUCGCGGACUAGACCCUUUGACUUCAAAUUUCUGCGAGACUCGGCGUUCAUCGUCUAUCAAACGGGCAAUAUCCUCGAGGCCAUUGGCUAUUUCCUUCCAACCAUUUAUCUGCCAUCGUUUGCCCGCAGUCUCGGCGCCAGCGGCAUCCAGUCAUCCCUCACCGUCAUCCUCUUCAAUCUGGCCUCUGUGUUCGGCUGCAUCAUCAUGGGCUCUCUGGUCGAUCGGUACCACGCGACAACCUGUAUUUUUGGCUCGACCGCCGGCAGUACCAUUGCCGUCUUCUGCAUCUGGGGCCUUGCCGACUCCUUGGCCCUCUUGUACCUCUUUUGCAUCAUGUAUGGUCUGUUCGCUGGGUCAUUUUCGUCGACGUGGCCGGCCAUUGUCAUUGAGAUCAAGAAACGAAGUGCCUUUGCGGAUGCAAGUAUUGUCUUUGGUUUCCUGUCAACCGGUCGGGGAAUCGGUAAUAUUGCAAGUGGUCCCUUGAGUGAAGCCUUGCUCAAAGGUUCCUCGUGGCAAGGGCUGGCGGCCAAGGCAUACGGAUCGGGCUUUGGACCUCUUAUUGUCUUCACGGGAAUCUCGGCGUUACUGGGAGGUCUGGGCGUUGCUGCAAGAUCCUCGAGGAUCUCUCCGGCUCACUGA